AUGCCUCUGAAUUUCUUCAAGAAGAGAUCUAAAAAGAUGCCAUUUUUCCGAUCACAGAGUGAUGAAGCAAAGAGAAGAUUACAACAUCAACUCUACUUGGCACAAGAAAAUCCAGAACCAGAGUUCGACAUCUCAGGAUGUCAAAUAGCAGAGAUCCCAUCCAGUGUAUUUUCACUGUGUCGUAUAUUAUAUAAAGAAGUAUUAUUAUUAUAUGAUAAUUGGUUAACAUCUAUAGAUACCACUGGAAAACUCUCUGAUCUACAGUCAUUAAAGGUUUUAGAUCUGCAUAAGAAUGAAAUAAAACAUUUACCACAAGCUAUAAACCAUCUACAUAAUUUAAAGGUAAAUAAUAAUUAA